AACAGGGGAGAGAAUGAGAUAGGAGGGGAUAGUUUAAUACUCGUUUAGUAGAUCAUGCUCAUAUGCUAUAAGUAACAGGGACUGAUUUGUUCUCUCCACAAAGGCCAUGGGACAGAAACAGGACAAAGUCCUGGUAACAAACACAGCUUUUGCUAACACAGAGGAUUACACACAAGGAAGAGGAGGAAGUUUAAUUUAAGAAACCUCUACAGGACAGUGGCAAAUGUGCUCAAAUCCAUCCAAAACUGACCAGGCAUAUAUACAAGCACAGCACUGGAUGGCUUUUCUGUUCAAGAACAAAUGAAAUCUUCUGCUGAUGACAACGAUACUCCCAACAUGUCAUACACUUCAAGAGAGAAUGACUGUACACUUCUUGAGACCAAUAACAUCUCAUCAACAUCUCACAGACAGAGCAGUAAUAUAAACAGGGAUGAAGACAAUAUGAAUGACACGGAGAAAAGAAAGAGGGAUGAGUCUCUACCUAUAACAGUCUUGGAUGUGUCAGAAAACCAAGACUGCAGUUUAAACAAAGCAGAAAUUAAAGUAGCCCCUGAUAGAGACCUGUAUCAGGAAAGCAAUCGCCCCCCACUGCAAAAGUUAUCAAGUAACUGUAGCAUAGAGUCACAAGUUGGAACAGGAGAGGCACCCAAGAAAAGAAGACUUGAGUCAAAUAAAGAAGUGAAUAAUGCCAACAAAGAUAAUGUUGGUGAGAGAGAGAUAAUGACAGCUUCCUUGGUACAAGAAAAAGACCCUUCCUAUUUCACUGCUGUCAUUACACCCCCAGCCCAAAUUCACAUAUUACCUGUCCCUGAAACUAAGAUCCAGACCAUGAGCUCAGAUAGCUUGGUUACAGAUACUCAAAAAAAAAAGUCAGCUAAAAGUAAAGGACCACCACCACCUGUCAUGAAGAAGCCAAAAAAUCCUUUUGGUAAAGAUGUUGCACAUGCAAUAGAUAAGCCUCGGCCAUAUUCUGAACUUCUACAGAAAAACAUCAAAACAGGAAGAAGAGAGUCAGCAUUACACAAUGUCACUGAGGAUUUUGACAAGUCCCAUCCAGAUCUAGAAAAACAGGCAAAAAUGAAAGGCCCUCCACCACCAGUACCAAAGAAACCACUAAAUCCAUUUGUCGCCAUUGAGAGAGAUAAUGUCUUGCCAAUCAAUGCUUCAAUUUCAAAAGACACAACAGACAUAAUAACAUGUGAAUCUUGUGACUACAAACCAUAUAUGCACAGAGCUGUGCAUGAGGAGGAACCGAAAACAAUUUUUGCUAUAGACAGAGACAAUUUUCCAGUUACUUAUAGCAACUCAAAUACCUUGGAUGAAAAUGUUUUUAUGAGUUUCAGACCAGAACUCAUUAAGCAAACUGAUAAUUCGCAUAAGAAAAGGAUGCAACAAAGCAGCAUAGCUAAUGUUGGAAACUGGGAAAAUAAAGUAUUGGAAAUGCCCAAAACUUCUGAUAUCAAAAAGCCCUUUUCAUGUCAAAUGGAAAGGAUACUGUCACCAAAGAAAGAGAUGAUCAGGCGUGUGGUUCGGCAGAGUAAGUUCCGCCACGUUUUUGGCCAGGUGGUGAAAAAUGAUCAGUGCUAUGAUGACAUCAGGGUGUCACGGGUCACCUGGGACAGCGCCUUCUGUGCUGUCAACCCCAAAUUUGUUGCCAUCAUUGUGGAGGCCAGCGGGGGUGGAGCCUUUAUUGUCCUCCCUCUUCAAAAGACAGGUCGUAUCGAUAAGGCCUACCCAACUGUCUGCGGUCACACUGGCCCUGUGCUGGACAUCGACUGGUGCCCUCACAAUGAUCACGUCAUUGCCAGCGGGUCUGAAGAUUGUACUAUAAUGGUGUGGCAGAUCCCAGAGAACGGACUGACUGCUCCACAAUCAGAGCCCGUUGUGGUGUUGGAGGGACACUCCAAGCGGGUUGGCAUCGUGACAUGGCACCCCACAGUCCGUAAUGUCCUCCUCAGUGCUGGAUGUGAUAAUGUGAUUUUGAUCUGGAAUGUGGGCACUGGCGAGGCCCUCAUCACACUGGAUGACAUGCACCCAGACAUGAUCUUCAGUGUGUGCUGGAACCGCAAUGGCAGCCUCAUCUGUACCGCCUGCAAGGACAAGAAAGUGCGCAUCAUUGACCCACGCAAGGCCAAGAUCACUGCAGAGAAGGAUAAAGCUCAUGAGGGUGCACGGCCCAUGAGGGCCAUCUUUCUCGCUGAUGGCAACAUCUUCACCACUGGCUUUAGCCGCAUGAGUGAGAGACAACUGGCCUUAUGGAACUCGAAAAACAUGGAUGAGCCGAUCUCAGUACAUGAGAUGGACACCAGCAAUGGAGUACUACUUCCCUUCUAUGACCCGGACACCAACAUUGUCUACCUUUGUGGAAAGGGAGACAGCAGCAUCCGCUACUUUGAGAUUACAGAUGAAGCACCAUACGUUCAUUACCUUAACACCUUCUCCAGCAAAGAACCACAGAGGGGCAUGGGCUACAUGCCCAAAAGGGGCCUAGACGUUAAUAAGUGUGAGAUUGCCAGGUUUUAUAAACUUCAUGAGAGGAAGUGUGAGCCAAUUAUCAUGACUGUCCCAAGAAAGUCAGACCUAUUCCAGGAUGAUCUGUAUCCAGACACAGCAGGACCAGAUUGGGCCUUGGAAGCAGAGGAGUGGUUUGAAGGGAAGAACGGUGAUCCUAUCCUAAUUUCCCUCAAACAUGGCUAUGUCCCUGGCAAGAACCGUGACCUCAAGGUGGUCAAAAAGAAUGUUCUGGAUAACAAGUCACCCAAGAAGGUGGAGGAGAUGUCAGCUCUUCAAAAGCCUGCCUCUCCUCAGCUCACUAGAAAAAAUGAAGUGAAGUUGGAGGAGCUUCUCCGAGAAGUGAAAUCACUCAGGGACCUGGUGACACUUCAGGACAGGCGAAUUGCCAAACUUGAAGAGCAGGUAGCCAAAGUGGUAAUUUGAGGUGCUGCUACAGGUCUGAGUCAACAUCUUCGUAUAUGAAGAGAUACAUUUCAGAGGGCCAGUCACUGCCAAAAAAAAUCGCAAUUCAACUUGAUCAUUCCUCUUGAUGUUUUUUCUUGUGACUAUGACUUGAAGCAACAUUCCAAUAUGGACGUUUUCAUCUUGCCUCCCCUGAGCAUUCAUUAGAAUAGAAAAAAACAGCUGAAUUUUGCUCUGUGUUGUGUUUUUUGAUGGUCUAGUGGGUUUAACUGAUAAUAUUUAAAAUUUUUAGAUUUCAUGAUUUUCAUCCUUUUUUGGUUUUUUAAAGUUGUGAUCCUUUGAAUUUUUGCAUCAAGUGCCAAGUCCCCUAGUGUUUUCCUUGAGUGUAUCAGUAUUACUGUUCUUUUCAUUCUUUGUGCUGCCAAUUGUGAGGGUGCACUUGACCUGCCUAUUGUUUUGCUUCUAUUUUAAUUCUUUUUCUGGCUGAAUUUUACACUGUCUAUUAAUCUUUUCAAGACUGGAGAUUAAGAAGUUGUAGCCUCUCUCUGUGCACCUUGGCUAUAGUGGUUAAAGGUUAUAUGACUCUGUCACAGAAAUUAAUCAGAUAAAAAAAAAAAGACCUAGCACUGCAGGUAAAAGCAGCACUGAACAGCAUGGUGCCUAAUUGAGAAGCACUCUCCAUACACCACGAUUUCUGAUUAAUUCCGUGCUGGUCACUGUAGUGAAUUUCUAUUCCACGCUAAUUAUAAUAAAUGCAUUACACUUAGAUGAUUUUGAUAUAUUUAUGAAGUUCUCCAAAAGCAAUAAAGCAAAGGUGUUCGAGUGAGAAUGUAAUUUUUUUUCACUGAUCUAUCUCUAAUCAGUAGUUGUUUUUUACUGAUAGGACUCCCAGCAGUUCAUUUGACUAAUAACUUAUACAUAAAGGUAUAAUAUGAAAGUAAAGCUAUAAUCAUUAGGGAGGAAUUCAUACAUUUAAAAUCUAUAUCCUGAAUUUAUAUAUUUCUGUAAAGUUACUUUGGGAAAAUGCCAAUUAUUAAAAGCACUAUACAAUAAAGCUGAAUUGAAUGGAAUUGUCCCCCUUAUGAAAAACACUUUAAAUACUGCUGCUAUUUGUUCAUUUAAACUAUUUGUUCAUUACAACUCACCUGCUUAUUAAUAGUCCAGUCACUUUGUUGAUUUGAAAUGUAAGUACAGUCAGGACCAUAAAUAUUUGGACAGUGACAAAGUUAUUGUUAUUUUGCCUGUCCACACAGUUUAUAGGAUUUUUAAUUAAAUGUAGGAUGAUUUACAGCACUUUUUAUAUGUGGAAACAUAACUGUGAUGAAUGCCAGAAUAAUUCUAUUCCUUGGUGAAGAAAAACCUCUUCACAACAGCUGGCUAGAUCAAGAACAAACAGAUCAAGCAGGAAAUGAAGACAGCUGCAGUCAAGGCCUAGCAGAGCAUCAUCAGGGAAGAGCCCAAGUGUCUGGUCAUGCCAAUGGGUGCCAGACAGGUAGUCAUUCAAUGUAAAAGAUAUUGAAAAUUUAAAAAAAAAAAAAAAAAAAAGAAAGAAAAUUUAAUUGAUUAUUAGUUUGUCCAAUUUCUUCUGGUCUGUUAAAAAGUGCUGUAAUUCGGUCUGUGUUUCAAAAUUGAAAUACAAAAUACAAAUAGACACGUUCAUUAUUUUUUUUUGUUUUAAUAUUGACAAUUAUAAUACUAAUUAACUAUGUUUAAAACCCAUUUUUUGCUCAAAAAUGCAAAAUAUUUUAAAUAUGCCACAUAUAUAGUUUCUUGCCCUCUUAUUCUUUGAAUUGGAGAUAUUUCGAUUUAUGACAUGCUUGCAAAAUGUUCUGACCGGUAUCACAGCGCAAGUUACCUAAGGGACAGUCUGGCAGUUCCACCCACUGAGUUAAAACGUUGACGUUGUCCAAGCAUGAAUUAAAAUGGCAUGAGUUCUAACAUACAAAAGUCAUUUAAAAGUACACAUUUUUACAUUUUAAAGGCUGCAGCAGAUUCACAAUGAGAUUCACCUCACCUAAUGUUUUAGAGAUAUAAUUCACCUAAAUAGUUUUUUUUUUCACAUUCCAAAAGAUGUAGAAUCUCAGGCAGAAUGUACUACAGGUUAGAUUUUGCCAAUACCUCCCUUUAUACAAAUACAAUACUCUUAUUUAUUACAAUUAUAAUAUACAAUUAUUUUAAUAGGUCAGGCAUCUCAUAAGCUGCGUUUACAUGGAAUGUAACAACAAUAAUCCACUCUUAACCGAUUAAGACCAUACUUUGAUUAAGAAUCUACCAUGUAAACAGCAGUUUUUACUUACCUUAAUCUAAUUAAGGUCAUACUCGAAUUAAGCUCUAAUCGAAUUAAGACAGGUGGAGUACUCCUGUUUUAGUCGCAUUAUGGACGUGUAUUACAGACAUGUAAACACCUUAAUCACAUUAUGAACGUCAUGUGAGAGUUUUUACUGCAUUUUGCGACAGGACACGAUCACACACGGCAGUUUUCAACAUUUUACGGCAAACAAGAGAGUUCGGCUAUGUCCCAAACCGCAUACUUGCCUACUAUAGCCCUGUAGUGGGGAAAAAUACAUGUAUCUCGGCUACUAUAUAGACGGUAAGUACUCAGUUUGAGACACAGCCCAUGGCUUCAAGCAGUUGUCUAUUAGCACGUAUAGCAUGACAAAUAAUUAACUGCACUUACAGCGUUCGUAAAAAAAUUAAAUAAAAACACCCAAAACUGUAUACAGUACCAUAAGGAAGACGAACUGUAUGUUGACGCGUGAAAUUCUGGAGGGACGUCAGACGGCGUGGCGCGGUGACGUAAUGACGCGGGCUGUUAAUCUAAUUAUGUUCUAUAACAUGUAAAAUGGGAACAUGACAGGAGUAUUCUAAAAGCGACUGUAAACACCUUAAUCACAUUGUUAUCUUAAUCAGAGUAAGGUCAAUAAUUAGAUUACUGCUGUCCAUGUAAACGUAGUCAUUGUGAGCAUGCUACAGCCUUUAGAAUGUAAAAUGUGUGUUUUUAAAUUACUUUUGUAUGUUAAUAGUUAUAAGUAAUUUUAAUUAAUGUGUGGAAAACUUCAAUGUUUCGGGCCGGCUCUAGGCAUGGGCAGGGGUGGUCAGAGCUCACCCAAAUGUCUGUCUUGUCCACUGAGUCAGAACAUAGUCAAAGACAACAUUAAUCUUUUUUAUUAUUUUUUUUUUUUACGAUUUGUGUAUUGGUUAAAAGCAAUUUGAGGCAGGUGGUGUGUUGAGAAGUUUGAGGAAGGGCUGUAGACUGCCACAACCAAUCACAAAAUAACGGCAGAACAGAAAACUGCAGUACUUUUCAAUGUUUUUAUUGGCUGAAAGUAAUAGUGCGUUUUACACUCAUGAGGUGGCUUCAGACUGCCCACCUUCUUUACCUUGCAAGAACUGGGCCUGUUGAUGUUUUAACUAAGUUGGUGGAAUUGACAGAUGGUCCCUUAGGCAACAUUCACUGUGAUAUGGAUCAGAACAUUCUCUUAAAUAUGCAUCUCUAAUAUGCACUGGUAUUUUUGAGUAAAUGUUUUAUGUUCGUGUUUAAUAAUUGAAUAUUAAUUAAACCAAUGGUGGUAUUGAUAUCUGUGUAAGACUGUCGCCUCUAUAGAACAAGGGCAGGGGAAAGUGAAUAUCCAAUAAAAAUCGAACCUAAAACUAACUUUACUGAAAAACCAGGCUAAUUUUCCCAGUGGACAAGUCAUUCUCCCUUACUGUAACCCUUUUACACCACGGUCCCUCUUACUGCAAUUGAGAAGCACAUAAUGAACUUUUCGGCCCGAAGGAUGUCUGACGAAGCCACUGAUGGAUUCUGCACGAUUUCAGUUAGUUAAAUUACACUUGGGUUAUGUGAGCAUGCCACAAAAUGAAAUAACUCCAACUCAAAAAAUAUGACAGGAAGAAAGUAUAAAUGAGGCAUGUUUUAAAUCUUUUGCAUUUUUGAGCAAAAGUUGGGUUUAAACAUAGUUAAUUAGUAAAUUCAUUUUCAAUAUUAAAACAAAAAAUUGAUGAAUGUGUUGUGAUUUUAUUUUGUUUUCAAUGUUUUCAAAAACGAAUGAACGCAACGUGCAUGGACCUAAUUCCUACACUGUUCAUCAAAUUUGAAUGUACAUUCACUAAAAAGCUGAAAGUCUGCAUUUUUGUGCUCAUGUUUAUUAUUUAAUUUAAGCUCCAGUAUACUGUGGUAGACAGCUAAAAAGAAUAAUUUAGUCCAAAUAUUUAUGGACCUGACUGUAAAUAUUCAAAAAGGCUGAAGUAUGUCUAUGUUCUACCUUAUGCACCAUUUUCAAAUCAUUCUAGUCACAUAAUAGUAAAAAACUGAUUUUAAACCCACUUUUCUCUGAGCUGAUAUCUGAACUUGGCCUCCUUGAAGCAGUGGCUACCAACUGGCCCUUACCAUUGUAAAUGACCCACCCACAAUAAACCCUGUUCAUAAUAUGUUA